AUGAUGUUUUCAAGUGGUGGGUUGAAGUUAUUAGGAAUCCUUAUGAGGGGAUACACCACCGUGCUUAGAACCACUGAUUGUGAAUGUCCAACAUUUGAUUGUGAAUGGGUGUGGUGGCACCCUCAUAUCCAUCCAUUCAAGUACAAAUUAGAUUGGGAUCAAAGUGACUUACAUGUCAUCAUUUUCGAUGAAAUUGAUGCAAUUGGCAAGUCUAGAGGUUCUACUAGGGAUGGCACAGGGGUGCACGAUAGCAUUGUGAAUCAGCUUCUUACAAAGAUAGAUGGUGUGGGAGCACUGAACAAUGUGUUGCUCAUUGGUAUGACAAACAAAAAUAAUCUGCUUGAUGAAGCUCUUUUGAGGCCUGGUCGUUUAGAAGUCCAAGUGGAAAUCAGCCUUCCAGAUGAAAAUGGUCGUCUCCAAAUUCUUCAAAUUCAUACAAACAAGAUGAAACAGAAUUCUUUCCUAGCUCCAGAUGUCGACUUACAAGAACUUGGUUUGGUUUAUAAUGUGAUGAGAAUGCAAGAACAUGGUAUUUAUGCGGCCUUGUAG